AUGGAACCUGAAGAACCUGAAGAAGAACUGAGAGGCAGAAUGUUGGAUAUAACUGUUCUUUUUUCUCAUGCAUAUACAAAUCUUCGAGAUUACCAUUUAAGAGUAACACCGUCAUAUUUCAAGAAAUUGGGUGAAAAAUUAAGAAAUCACCAAAAAUAUGAGCAAGAAGAUGAGCUAUCUAUUCAAAUUGCGACACGUACUCAGUCUUAUCCACUCGAUUUAAACAGCGGUAUUCGUUUUUCUACCGAAGCAACGGUAUUACAAGCUUCCGAACAACAAGAGCAACAGGAACAGGAUGAGCAGAAAGGGCAACAGCAAGAAGAACAAGAAGAGCAACAAAAGCUACAAGAACAACAACAACAACAAGGACGGCAUCAAGGACAACAGCAACAAGAACAAAGGCAACAAAAGCAACAACAACAAGAAUGUAUAAAAGAAGAUUCAAGAAAAAAAUCAAAGCAAAAAAAAAAAAAUGAAGGCUGUCGACCAGUGCAUUCUCCAUCAGAAACUAAACACAUAACAGUACCACAGGAUGAGAGUAUUGCAUAUGCACUUUCUACAACCACUUUUACUGAUAGUACCACAAGUGAAAUAUUAGCAACACGCGUGAAAUCAAUUAGUGAAUUCCAAGAUGGAAUAGAAACGGAUUUCCUACUGGACGAGGAUAAUAUCUUGUCGAUUCUUAAUUUUAAAAAUAACCCGAACUGCGCCGUUUAUGAAUUGCAAAAUUCAAGUGGAUGUAAAAUAUAUGUGGAAAGAGCCGAAAGCCAAGCGUUAAUAAUGUCUUUAGACGUCGAGGGGAGACUGCUCUAUAUCAGUAGCAACUUUUGA